AUGGUAAACACAAGUUAUGUAAGCAGCUUGCCAUUCUGUGGUUCCAAUGUCAUCCACCACUUCUUCUGUGACAGCCCUCCACUUUUUAAGCUCUCAUGUUCUGACACACGGCUAAAUGAAAGCAUCUUUUCCACUUUUGCUGGUGUGAAUAUGAUCGGGGCUCUGCUGGUCAUCCUCACCUCCUAUUCUUACGUUCUCUUCUCCAUCUUUCGCAUGCAUUCAGGGGAGGGGAGGCGCAAAGCGGUCUCGACGUGUGCCUCUCACCUGACAGCUAUAACUCUGUUCUAUUCCACUGCCAUCUAUACUUAUCUGAGACCCAGUUCCAGCUACUCCCUAAGUCAGGACAAAGUGGCUUCUGUGUUCUACACAGUGGUGAUCCCCAUGUUAAAUCCUCUGAUCUACAGCCUCAGGAAUAAGGAAGUAAAAGCGGCUUUUUGGGAUGUAAUUACCAGGAAAAGGAUUUCUUCAUUUCUGUGA